CUCUCUUCUUCUUUUUUUUUUUUCUUUGACUUUUUUUUUAUAUAUGAUCAUUGAUACUAAAAAAUUAACCUAUAAUAUAGCAUUAUGGGUAUUAAAUAUACUAGCUGAUUUAUUCUUUAGAGAAAUAAGAGCAAGAGGAUCUUAUAGAAUACCUGUUGAUGGACCUGUUAUCUUUGUGGUAGGACCCCAUGCAAAUCAAUUUGUUGAUCCUAUCAUGGUAAUGAGGGAAUGUAAACGACAAGUUUCAUUUCUUAUUGCUGAAAAAUCUAUGCAUCAAAAAGGAAUUGGUUUUUUUGCUAGAAUGUUAAAUGCUAUUCCUGUAAUUCGACCUCAAGAUUUGGCUGUCAAAGGUAUUGGUACCAUUCAAUUAUUAGAUCGAAAACUAGAACCAUUACGUAUCAUUGGUGAAGGUACUCAAUUCCUUAAACAACUACAACCUCAUUCUCAGAUCGUUUUACCCAACAAAGCUGGUCAAGCCGAAGUAGUCCAAAUCUUAUCCGAUACUGAACUUAUCAUCAAAAAAGAAUUCAAAGAUCUAAAGGCAUUAGCUUUAUUAUCAGAAGGUACUCCAUUCAAAUGUAUUCCUCAUGUUGAUCAAGAUGCUGUCUACCGUUGUGUUCACGAUCAACUGAACAAAAAUCAAUGUAUUACUAUAUUCCCUGAAGGUGGUAGUCAUGAUCGUGCUGAAUUACUUCCAUUAAAAGCUGGUGUAACAAUGAUGGCAUUAGGUGCAAUGGCUAAAUAUCCUGGACUUGAUGUCAAGAUAGUACCAUGUGGUCUCAACUAUUUCCAUGCUCAUCGAUUUAGGUCUCGUGCAGUGAUAGAAUUUGGUACUCCUAUUUCGAUUCAAAGUGAUUUGGUGGAAAAGUAUGCCUUGGGUGGAACUGAAAAACGGGAAGCUUGUGGAAAAUUAUUGGAUAUCAUUUCUGAUGCUUUGAAAAGUGUUACUGUUAAUGCUGGAAAUUAUGAAACUCUGAUGAUGAUUCAAGCUGCUCGUCGUCUUUAUAAACCUGCUCAUCGAAAACUUCAUAUCUCUCAAGUAGUGGAUCUCAAUCGUCGCUUUUUAAUUGGAUACAAACUCUUCAAACAUGAACCUCAAGUAGAAGAAUUACAUCAACGUGUAUUGGCUUACAAUCAAUUACUCAAAUAUCAUGGUAUUCGUGAUCAUCAGGUCUCCAAAACUGAUCUAGGUGGCAAGCAUACUCUUGUCUUAUUAAUAAAACGAUGUAUGAUUCUUACCUUAUUGACUCUAUGUGGUUUUCCUGGAGCUGUUUUAAAUCUUCCUGUCAUUAUUGUUGCCAAAAUCAUCAGUCAAAAGAAAGCAGAUGCUGCUCUGAGAGGUUCUAGUGUCAAAAUAGCAGGUCGAGAUGUGUUGGCCACAUGGAAGUUAUUGGUUGGUUUAGUAUUGAUUCCCACCUUGUACACGUUUUAUGGUUUUCUUGUGUUUUUAAGUCUAUUACAAACAGAUCUUGAAACAAAAUGGAAAAUCUUGAUCCCAUUGGCAUCUACUGUCUUUAUUUCUAUUAUAUCUUAUGCAAGUAUUCAAUUUGGUGAAAUUGGUUUAGAUAUCGCAAGAUCUUUACAACCUUUAGUAGUGACAUUAAUGGAUCCUGAAAGUGUACAAGUUCUUCGAGAAAACAGAAGCAAACUCUCUCGUGAUAUUACCAAUGUUAUUAACGAAUAUGGACCUCAAGCAUUCCAUGAUUUUGAUGCGGAUUAUAUUAGUCGUACAAUGCCCAGUAAUCACUCUCAUUCAUCAGCAUCAAGUCCAAGUCCAACACCCAGCAAAAGUACUAGUAACUUCAACUUAUCAGUCAUGCGAAAUAAGUUACCUCGUCUGCGAAGUGGAUUUUUUCAACAUGCUACCAAAAUGGAAUGGUUGGAUGACAAGAAUAUCUUUACGUGGGGAGGCAGCAACAAAACAAGCAAGAAUAAUAGUCAAGAUUCUUUGGAAGCAACUGGUGAAGAUGGAUACUUUUGGGGUAGAUUGAUGAGUCGUAGUGGGUCUGAAAGUAGCACACCCUUCCGUAGCCGAUCAAAUAGCUUUACCAUGGUUUCUGAUCCUUCCGGUUUAUCUAUGACAACUUUGAAUACAACCACAACAACAACAUCUACUACGACAGCUGUAGAAUCUCCAGAACAUUUGUUUAAUCGACCUACUUUCAAGAUUCAAGACAUGGACGCUAUUAUCAAUGAAGAUGAAGGUUAUGCUGAUGAUCAAGGUUUGGAAAUCAAGAAAAAGACAACGUAGUUUUUAGUUGUUGUUGUUUUUUUUCAUAUGCACACAUAUUCCAUUUAUAUCUUCGAGUUAAAUUCCCCUUCUUUGUCAUAUUAUAUUGUUCAAAGAAAAAAAAAAAAAAAAAAGAAAGACAAAAUACCCCCCAC